CGGACGUUUAAUUCUUCGUAUAAUAACUGAAACUCAUCAAGAAAUUCGCAUAUUUGUUGUUCAGCUUCAAUGACCAAUGUUUUUGUUAAAUUUUUCAUAUCGUAUAGAAUGAACAUGGCGUUGACUACAAUAGCGAAAAUUUACCCAAUAUAAAUGGAAAAAAUCCUGGUGAUUAUGGACGACGAUUGCUACUUGUAUUAUAUACUCAAGAUAAAUUAAAAACAUGUAUGUUACCGUCGACGGUCGCCGGUAAAAUUGUUUUGCAAGGAAUUAGAUCAAUGGUUGCAUUAGCUGAUACAACAAAGGAUGAAAUAUUAAAUGAUGUUUUAUGUUACGAAGAAGAUGAUAACUACAAAGAAAUGAAACAACAAUGCUUUUUCAAUGAUACCAAUGUGUAUAAAAUAAAACUUGGGGUUUCACGGGAAAUUGAUAGAAUCUUAAAAUUAUUAACAGAUAAACGAACGGCAAUUUAA